UGAAAACGGGGAAUGGCAGUAUCGUCUUUAUGUUAUUAUGUAGCUCCGCCUAUAUAAUCCCUCUUCUAUAAAACUUAGGGUAUAAAAGUUGCAGAGUUCCUCCACGCUUUUCUGCGCUGCUCUGCAUAUUUCUCCAUCUACAAAUGCAACAAACCUUAGCAAAUUUCCUGCAUCCAUUAGAGAUCGAAAGAACGGGUUUUUGGUUUUACCUUUAUGGUUGAAAUAUUUUUUAUCUGAAUCCGUUUCGAAAGUAAAAUUUUGGUUUUGGUUCUGUAAGGAUAUCCUGCUAUCGGAGAAUAAUGACGUCUACUUUCGAGCUCUACAGAAGGUCAACUAUUGGGAUGUGCUUGACUGAAACAUUGGAUCAGAUGGUUUCCGGUGGAAUUUUGAGUCCUGCUCUCGCCAUUAAAGUCUUAAUUCAGUUCGACCAGUCAGUGACUGAAGUUAUAGACAAUGAGGCGAAGAGCAAAAUUUCCAUUAAGGGACAUCUUCACACGUACCGUUAUUGUGACAAUGUUUGGACCUUCCUCUUGCAAAAUGCUCAGCUUAAAAGUGAGGAAGGGCAGGAAACUGUUGAAUCAUUGAAGAUUGUUGCGUGCGACUCCAAGUUACUAACAGAGUGAAAAGUGAAUUGUAUGCUGGUUGGCACAACAACGCUGCUGUAAGAGACAGAUCCUGCCAAAGAUGGGCUUUAUCCCAAUGCAAUCCCAGAUACUGUCGGUAUUUUCUUGUAAUAACAUUGAAUAAGGGGUGGGGUGGGGUGGGGUGGGGUGAUUCUACACUGUGAUUUUGAUUAGAUGAAUGGAUGACAUUUAUAUCCAAUCCUUCUCUAUUAUGAACUUCACUUAUUAAGUAAUUAAGGAUGUGUUAUUGUGACCCUAUUAUUAAGGAAUACUUGUAAAUCUUCAUACGUAUGUAUAUUGGAGGCUCUGUUGAUAUGAUGCUCUAAGGCGUCAUACUGUUUUGGCUUCUUAGAGCAGACACAGUGAUUCAUUGUUCUUUUAAUUUUAUGCAAUUACCUACCACUUUCAUAUUUGUAUAGGGAUGAAUGCAGCCUUUGAAGUGAGUGAAGAGGCAAGUUCAAUCGACCCCCACCCGGUAAGAGUCGAUGCAAAUGUUAGACAGAGGGUGUGGGUGUGGCCGUUGGGGUGGGUGGUUGGUUGUUCCUAUGUUUAUAA